GCUCCGGAGUCGUCGUUCGUCCGGAGCCGCAGUGGGAGACAUUCAUUGCCAGAGCAAGAAAGCGAGGAAGGCGAAGCGGAGCGGGAAGAGUGGAUCCGUCGAGCAAGACGUGACUGAGUGUGGAUCUGCCGUCGGCAUUCAUACUCGCCCAACUCGCGACCAGAAGAUUUUGGUGGUCUUCUGUCGAAUUCGCCGAUCGCGACUAUGCAGCAGGGGGAUGGACAAGAGACGGAGGUGACGUGGGACGAUCAGCAGAAUAUCAACAAGUUCGGGCGUCUGAAUAACAAGUUUCACGAGCUUGAAGAUGAAAUCAAGGCGAAGAAGGAUAUGGCCGACAAUCUCGAGGAUGCAGGUAACGAGUUAAUUUUGACAGACGAGGAAGAAAUAAGAUAUCUGAUCGGGGAAGUGUUUAGCCACAUUCCUAAAGAUGAUGUCGAGACUCGCCUAGAGGCCCUGAAGGAAGAGAAUGAGGAAGAGCUACGACAGCUGGAAGAGGAAAAGAAAGUUGUGCUAGCUCAGAUGGCAGAUUUGAAGAAGAUCUUGUAUAGUAAGUUUAAGGAUUCAAUAAACCUGGAAGAGGAGUGACUUGAGCUCUCUGCCCCCGCCUAAUGGAUAUCACCAGCACAGGUCA